GCUAUUCUUGCGGCGGCGGCGGCGGCGUCUUUCUCUCCCUCCUCCAAGUGCAACAAAGCUGACGAUCUAGAGAGCAGCGAGGGAGGCCCUCUGGGGGAGGAGUCACGCCGGCAAAAGCGCCGCGGCCCGGGCGGUGCUUGUGUGCGCACGGGCGGGGAGACUGCCGAGAGCGGCUGCGAGCAUGGCUGCUUACGUGAAGCUGAGCACCCAGGCGCGAAUGCCUAUCUUCGGGCUGGGCACUUGGCAGGCAGCUCGUGGAAAAGUAGAAGAAGCUGUGAAAUGCGCCAUUGACCUUGGGUACCGCCAUUUUGACUGUGCCCGCUUUUAUGGGAAUGAGACUGAGAUUGGGAAUGCCAUCCAGGAGAAAAUCAAGGCUGGAAUUGUGAAGCGGGAAGACCUCUUCAUUGUCAGCAAGUUGUGGUGCACUUUCCAUGAGAAGUCCCUUGUGAAGAAAUCGUGCCAAGAAUCUCUAGAUGACCUGAAACUGGACCACUUGGACCUCUACCUCAUGCACUUUCCCAUGGGAUACAAGGCUGGAGGGGAUCUCAGGCCUGUGGAUGAGAAGGGCAUGAUCAUCCCCAGUAACACUGAUUUUCUGGAAACUUGGGAGGCAAUGGAGGAGCUGGUGGAUUGUGGGAUGGUGAAAGCCAUUGGAAUCUCCAAUUUCAACCAUGAUCAGAUCGAGAGGCUCUUGAGGAAACCUGGCUUAAAGCACAAGCCUGUCAACCACCAGAUUGAGUGCCACCCCUACCUUACCCAGGAGAAGCUGAUCCACGAUUGCCAGUCCAAAGGGAUCUCUGUGACUGCUUACCGGCCUUUUGGUGCUCACACUGUCAAGCCAGGGGAUCCCAUCCUCUUGGAGGACCCCACGAUUAAAGAGAUCGCUGCCAGGCACAACAAAAGCAUCGCCCAGGUUCUGAUCCGGUUUCACAUCCAGAGAAACGUGGCUGUCAUUCCCAAGUCAGAAAAAAAACAUCGCCUGGAGGAGAAUUUCAAGGUCUUUGACUUUGAAUUGACCAAAGAGGAGAUGGCGACCCUCCUUGGCUUGAACAGGAACUGGAGAGAUUGUAAUAUGAUUCACUGUGUCAACCACAAAGACUACCCAUUUAAAGCUGAUUACUAGAACUGGCGUAGACCUGGAACCUCCAACAACAGGAUGGACUCUGGGAUCUGUGAACUGUGGGUGGGGCUUUAUCCGUUUGGGGUGAGCAAUGGAUUUCUUAAGUGCGAAAGAAAGGAAGCCGAAUGAGGGAUGGAAUGAGCAAGAAGAAAGGGUCAUCCACGGGAGCAGCAGGAAUGUCUACUGCUGAGAAAUGCUGCCUCUCCCCCCCCACUCUCAACAGGUGUGCCAUAGUGGUUGUCUGGUCCACAGCCAAGCCCUAGAGACCCACACUGAAGAUUUUCAUUGUUUUUUAAAUUCUUUGCUGUUUACAACCUCCGCCAUUAAUAAAAACCCCUCUCUGUUCUGAGUGAAAUAA